AUGUGUUUUUCUUACUGGGAGAUUGGUCAAAAGGAUCCUGUGGUGGACAUUAGGGUUCUUGAUGUUCAAACUGGUGAAUGGAAGAAACUAAGUGGACGACCUCCUUAUGUGGUCAAUGCCGGUAGUAAAUCGGUAUACAUGAAUGGAUCUAUCUACUGGUUACACAUUGAUAAGGUACAUUUUGAGAAAUGUUUCAAGAUACUAGCAUUGGAUCUUCAAACAGAAGAGUUCCACAAUGUGUCGAUUCCGGCUAUAUGGGUCAAUUGUGAUACACAGAUAGUGAACCUCGAGGACCGUUUAACCAUAGCCAAAACGAAAGUUGGGCCGCCUAAUUGGAGACUAGAGAUAUGGAGCAUGGAUACAUGUCAAGAACAGUGGAGCAACACUUACUCCAUAAGUUUAGUCAGUGUAAGUAUUAGAUCAUGGGAGCCAAACUGGUUCACGCCAAUGGCGGUUUCUAAACAAGGGGAUCUUGUUUUCCAUGACAAUCACAAGCGGCUGUUCAAUUAUUAUCCAGAGACAGAUGAGAUUCGUUGUCUCUCCAAAGACACUUGUGUGAUAACUAGCUACUUGGAGACAUUGGUCCCUCUUCCUAUAAAACCAAGCCAUCAGAUUCCUGAUCCAGAUUCUAAAAUCAAGAUAUCAAGAUGCCGCUUGUUUUCCAAGGAGUCGGGUUCUUGGAUACUCAAAGUUUUGCAAAGGAAUGAGUUUAGGAUCCUGGAAGUUUUAUUUGCAUCUCUGGUAGUAGCUGGUUAUAUUUUGUCACCUCUCUAA